AAAUAUUCAAAUCUGAUCCGUCAGUAAAUCAAGAAUGUGGAGAAUUCGGAAAACGAUCCUGUCUUCCUUAACUAGAAAACUAUAAAUUCUUUUUUUAUGAUUUGACUCUACCAAACCUGUUGAUUUGUGUUGCAAGAGCUCAAGGUUCGAAACGCAGUGUUCUCCUCAAUUGAAAAUUCUGUGCAGCCGUCUUUUCAUGUAAUCAUGGAGGAAUUGGUGAAUGCCUGGUUAUCUCAAAAUAAUCACGAUUUUCUAAUGGUUAGUGAGUUUUCUCACGAUUGCCUGCAAAUGCACAUCCACGGCAAGCCCGUGCAACUCAUAGUACCUUCUGCAUUUCACUCCCAAACUACAAAAAAUAAUAACUCAGACGAAGUUUUCAUGGUGUUCCGUGUAGAUGAUGAAUCAGACCACGAGUUCGAUUCUGCUCUGAUUCUAUUAAACGAAAAGCUCGAGCGCGUCAAGAUUUCCCCCAAUUGUCUCACCACUGUUCUCGACCGCAUUGCCAGCUCUUUCAUCAAUUUCAAAUCCUGCAAGAAAAAGGCUAAAAUUUCUCAAAAUAGUGAUUUUUUCGUUGGAGUUUCGGACGACAAACAGUUAAUUGAAAGCGGGAUUAUUUACAAGCUUGCAAGGGAAGCUCAAACGAUUUGUGAAGUAGCUCGAAAUAAUGCUGGCUUGGAUUAUUUGAAUUUGGAGGGAAAGCCGAAAUCUGGAGAUCAAGUUCUUUUCUGGUGUGAUGUUAGUGCAGACCCAGCUUCUUGCACUGUUCAGCUGGAAAUGGAGCUCGUUGGAAUAAUAGGGUACUUCCACUGGGCCGAAGCCCUAGGGUUUAGCUGUGAAAAUCCUCUGAAAAUUAACCUUUUUUUUGGUAAAGAGUUUUGGAAUAAGGAUAAAAUAUCGCCUGAAGUUUUCAGGGUGAGUUGUUCAAGCCAAAACCAGAAAAUAGUUGGAGCAUGUGACGACCGAAAGUUGAAGGAAGACAAUAAUAGUAUGGAGAAUUUAUAUGGGCCCGAGGUGUUGGUGCCUGAAUUGAUAAUGCUUUUCUUUGCAACUGGAGAUAAUGUUGGGAAGUUGACUGUAAAGGAUUCUGUGAAUCAGUUUGUUCAGCUUUUGAUAUUCGUAGGAAUGCGCCUUAGCUUGCUGCCAAGCUGGUGCGUUAUUUGCAAGAAAGAGUUGCCAUUUUUUCCUUCUCGGUUGUGCACUUGUAAUGGUCUUUCUUGUCUAUAUCAAUUUCAAGAGUUGGGUCUUGGAAAAACAGUGCUACAAGAAGUUCAGAAUUCAUCCGAGCUGGUUGAUUUUGAGAUAUCCCUUGUUCUGGCUGCAUCAAAAUCCACUGCAGAUGUGUUUGAACCUUUACAAGCCUUUUUUCCCGAGAAUGAGGGAAUGUUUGGCAAACCUCAGAUCUCUAGAGAUGCUUCUGGCAAUAAAGAGCAAGGUAAUUCUGGAAAUUCGCAGAAUGAACAUAUUUUACAAAGUGGGUUGGAAUAUCUGAUCGAUAAUGAUGGUAAGAAGAAAGUGUUGACUAGAAACGAGAAGAUCAAAUUUCUGCAGAAUAUUGUAAAAACAUUUCCUCCCACUGCAGAGAUGAAAAAAUGUGCUGAUGAAUGCAAACUAAGGUUGAAGUUGGAAGAUUCUUGGUUACAAGUUCUUGGUAAAGACAACCAUAAUGGUGAUCAGCAGCUCUUGAAGAAAGAUUUUGUAGAAAGGAUAUCCUUUCCAUACGAUAUCCUAAGAUUUAUAUUAUAUACUAGUAGAGUUAAGCUGCAUCUGCUUGAACGUGAUGCCAUGCUUCCAAUUCCUAAUUCACUAUUCCAGUUAGCAGUUCUACAUGAUUCCGUGGAAGAAGGUGACAUAUUUCACAAUUGCCAUGGUCCAGAAAGUCGAUCAUUCUUUGCAUUUCAUGGAAGUUCUGUAGAGAAUUUAUAUACAGUUCUGAGGUUGCACAGUCAGAUUCAAAUAUGCAAAUUACUAGAAGAAAUUUUAAUUUGUGUCAGGAAUGAUGGGAGAUAUUUGGGCAGAACAACACAUAUGCCAUCUAUCAAUUUAUCUUGCCAGUUGUCUGCUGCACUUGGCUAUUCAACCAAAGGAGACAUUGAUUGGGAGAAUGGAGCAUUGACAAAUGGAUUUUGUCUUGCUGCUAUCUGUGAAGUGAUCUCCAGACCAGAAAGCUUUGUGGAUAGCACAAGAAAGAUGGUUUCUCUGGAGGAUGAAGAUGUUUCAUUGCGCUAUGUAAUUAUUUUCAAGGAUCCAAAUGGACACAAUAACACACAUCUUGUAGACGGACACAUUCUGUCAGGAAAAGUUGAUUUGCAUAUACAUUAUAAGCAUGUGAGAGAGGAUUACAAAAGGAAGGAGUUAAGUCAAUGUUUGAUUUAUAAACAGCACCGCAAAGCUGUUUUUGACAGGAGAGUAGUAAACACCAAUUGUGGUAGUUGCAAUGAAGCAGUCAGUGGCAGUACUUCAACAAAUCCUGGGCCUUCUGUUCAUGACCUAGAAAGGGACAGCAUUUUGAAGACGAAUUCCUCCAUGAAGACUAUAAUGAAAGAAUACCAUAAUCUAGCAAAGGUAUUAGAGCAUGGACAAACAAACACAACAGGUUUGGCUGGAGUAGUACUCAAACUUCCAGAUGAAAAUGAUAUUUGCAGGUGGCAUGUUUCAUUGAGUCAGAAUUUGUUCAAGGACCAUCCUAUAUACAAGGACCUUGUUGAGUAUGCAAGGAAAAAGAAUGCAAGCCAAGCAUGUAUUUUGUUGGAGAUUACCUUCCCUGCUGAUUAUCCUUUUGCUCCUCCAUUUGUCCGGAUCAUUCGACCAAGGUUUAGCCGCUAUACCGGUCACAUUACAGUUGGUGGUUCUAUCUGUAUGGAGUUGCUGACUAGAAGUGGCUGGAGCCCUGCUUGUUCGAUUGAAAGUCUUCUUGUGCAAGUACAAAAUGCAAUUAUUGAGGGUGGAGGGCGGUUGGACAGAAAUGCACUUGUAUCAGACAUUGAAUAUGGUGAAACAGAAGCCCAUGAAGCUUUUGAUCGUGCAGCUCUUGAUCAUGGAUGGAUAUAAUUAUAAGGACCUUACCAUGGCUUUAUAUGUGCAUUAGAAACAAAUUCUUUGUUGAACUAUAAGAGCUACCAUGGAUGGUGAUAUAGAAAGACUAAAAUUUUCAUAACAUGUAUAAAUCACGGUUCCAUUUCAAAUUUGCAUGGCAGAGUUAGGUUCCUAUUGGGACCUACUUGGACUUAUCUCAGCACACCUACUGUUAUGGGUAUAUAACCUUCACCAACCAGUCCUUUUAGAUGCUUAACCCAAAGUACUAAUGCAUUAUUAAUGCACGAGGGGUGCAUUGUCAUGCAUAGGAUAAUCAUGGGGACAUGUUUGAAAAUAUUUAUAUGCUUUUUGUAUAGGAUCAGAGUAGAUAUAAGAAUGGAAAAGGAUGGUGAAGCUCCUUAUAUUCCUAGAUCUAUAUAUGUUGGGAGUUUCAUCAACCCCAAAAAAUGUACGAUGUCUUUUGAGUCUUUUUGAAAGGUCAGAACUGCUCUUUUUUGGCAUGGAUUCACGACACACUUACCUAUUUUGAUUCUAUGUGGCAUGUUCAUGUGAAUUUAAACUAUUAUGGGUUCUAAUCAAUACGGUACCUCCAUUCUGAAGGUGAAUAUUAAUUCUGCACUAUAUUAAUGA